AUGUCUGUUGCCAACGCUGCCAAGCAACAGUUCUAUAAGAUUACUCAGCUUCGUUCCACCAUCGGGUGUCAUCCUAUUGUAAGGAAAAAUAUCACAGCCUUGGGAUUGAAAAGAAGACAUCAAAUAGUGUACCAGCGAGUAUCUCCUUCGACUGCCCAUAGACUCCGUACCGUGAAAGAAUUGGUAAAGAUCGAACUUGUAGAUGAGCCAAAGACUAGAGAAGAGGUGAACAAAGAGAGAAAGUUCAAUCCUGGGUUCGAAUUACUCAAAAAAGGUGCAGAACGAACAUACCAGUAG